GAUGGCACUUGAGAUUAGAGAUAAUAAUUUUGCUAUAACAGUUUAAUUUAGAUAACAAUCAAUAAUAUAAAACGAACUGGCUUAUAGUUUCUUUUGGUAGUCCUUUCUUACGGUACUAAAGUUAAAUACACAUUAUGAUUAGUCUGACGGCGAUAGGAAUUUUCUUGGCUUUACUAUUGCAACUUGGUGCUUCGGUAGAGGAUUGUGAAGACAAUUCAAUUGGAAAAACUUUACAAGAUCCUGAAGAUUGUACUGGAUAUUUUUUGUGUCACUCUGGACAUAAGCUUCAGCAAUAUUGUGCCCCGGGAUAUAAAUAUCAAAAAGAAAUUGAAGCGUGCGUUGUUGGAAAGUGCCCACCAUGCAAUUGUGAUAAGACUCCAACAGAGCCUCCCACAGAGCCUCCAACAGAUCCUCCAACUGAGCCCCCAACUGUGCCUCCAACUGAGCCCCCAACUGAGCCACCAACAGAACCUCCAACAGAGCCUCCAACUGAGCCUCCAACAUCAGGAACUCCAACAGAGCCACCAACAGAGCCCCCAACAGGGCUUCCAACAGAGCCUCCAACAGGACUUCCAACAGAGCCUCCAACAGGGCCUCCAACAGGUAAUCCAACUGAGCCUCCAAAUGAGCCUCCAACAGAGCCUCCAACUGAGCCACCAACAGAGACCCCGUCAGAACCUCCAACCCAACCUCCAACAGAGCCCCCAUCAAAACCAUCAACAGUAAGUUGUGAAAACAUUCGUGAUGGAUCGUUCUUCGCUGAUUCCGUGCAUUGCCGUGACUAUUAUGUCUGUCGUAAUGGGGAACCAGUUCUGCUUCACUGCGAAAAAGGCAUGUGGUUUGAUGACAUCAACUUUGUUUGCAACUUCCCUCCCUUAGUCGAUUGUCCUGCAAAUAUUGACUAAAACAACCGAAGUGAACUUUAAAUUUAAACUUUUAGUUUAAAAUAAAUUGUUAAUGAUUUAAUUGAAUAAUUGUGGCACUGAAAUGCUUUCGUUUUAUCUUUACUUAAGCUAAACAAGGAAAACAAUAAUAUUAAUAAUGUAAUAAAAAUAUAAGGAAUGAA